AUGGCGUUUAAUGAUGCCCUGCGUGCGGUUGAUGGGGGAGAGGGUCAUGAUGCUGUUGCGGAGAAAUAUGCCGGGGAGAUUCAUGGGACGGCACAGACUGGGAAGGACAAGGGUGAGGAUGUGGAGAUUGUUGAGGGUGAGGGGGGAUUGCGUAUGAAGUUUGAGAAGAUGAAGUUGACUCGGGAUGGGGAGAUCUGGCUAGAGGUGGAGGAUGAGGGGAGCGGUGAGGAGAGUGACGAUGGUGAGGAGAGUGACGAUGGUGAGGAGAGUGACGAUGGUGAGGAGAGUGACGAUGGUGAGGAGAGUGACGAUGGUGAGGGGGAUGAGGAUGAGGAUGAGGAUGAAGAUGGUGAUGAGGAGUGGCAAAAGGACGAUGUGGAGUACUAUGAAGAGUCUGAGGAGUACUAUGAUGAUGAUUAUGAGGAUUACGGUGAGUUGGAUUCGCAUCUUAUCAUCGAAUAUUAA